AUGCUCCCCCUUUUGACUUACUGCUGUGAACCACUUGUUGUGGCCGUAGAAAAUGUACUCUAUACUCUAGAAAAAAUCCAAAAUCAGUGCUUACGUAUUGUUUCUGGAGCUGUGAAGACCACCCCAAUUGACGCCAUGUUUAUGUUAACUGGUGAUAAACCAUUAAGAACCAUAAUUCAAGAGAAGGCCGUAAUUCUCUGGGAAAAGAUCAUUAGAGUUCCUGGAUAUCUUUCACUCUGGAAUGAAGUCAAUCAAGAUCGGACUAGAAAUCUAAAGAUCCAGAUGAGCUUUCUACAGAGAGUUUUUCAGUUAAAAAAUUCACUUGGUUUAAGGAAUGAACCAGAAUUACUUGUUCCACUACAAAAUCCAAUAAAUUUGAAAUCUUUCUGGAUUAAUCUUGACCUGGGCCAAAAAGUAAUGAAACGUAAUAUGGAUCCCUCUGUUUUAAGAGCCCUCGCUUUCGAAGUAUUAAAUAUUUUUUACCCUGAGCCAGAGUGGCUUCGGAUCUUUACUGAUGGAUCCUUUCUGUCUGAUGGCCCUAAUGCAGGUGCUGGAGUUUUCUCCAAAAUUUUCUCUUUCUACAUCCCUCUGGGCCGAGGUUCUGCGUUUGACGGUGAAAUUGCUGUGAUUCGCACAGAUCUGUACCAGCUAACAUGCCACUUGGAAAAAUUCACAAGAGCUGCUAUACUCGAUGAUUCCUGA